GACGCCAGUCCGGAUCUCCGGGAAGAUCCAGGGAGACAUCUUGACGCCGAUCAAGCUGCAGACGGGCUUCUUCAAAAUAAGGCUGCCACUGUUCAGCUCGAAAAGAAGGACGACAGUACCAUUGUGAAACCCAAAUCGCACAGCACACUUCAAGAAGUACUAGAGUUACACAUGGAUAAAGGCGAAACAUCUAUUAACGAGCAGAACGUCGACGCUAAGAACAAACACGAAGAGCACGGUCUUGACCUUGCGGAUAAGAACAGUGAGC